UAUAACUUAGGUGGUGUGUGUGUUGGAUCUCCUAUGGCUGGUAUCCGCCUGUAUGAGGAGAGAUAUGGUCUCCCGACUAACUACAUAAAUGUAGCAAUUACUCAGCAAGGAGAGCAGGGUGCUUUUCAGAAACUAGAAAGAGGAGAAAUCAAAUUACAUGAUUUUUAUAUUGCAUUUGGAGAUCAACUCUCCAAUCCUUCCAGCAAACAGCACUACCUAAACUACCUUGAAAAGACUGGAAAACCUGCUCCUUCGUUUAUACCUGAUGUAGUAAUCAAUGGUAAAGACCUCUUUACAACCAUGAUGAAAGAGACCCAAAGGCUCGAUCAAAAGGUGUUUACAGCCAUUCGAAAAUUAAGAGAGAGUGGGCAGUUUAGAGUAGCUGCCCUGACGAAUAAUUUUGAGCUUCCCGAGGAUGAUCUUAAAGAAACCGAGGAGCUGGGAGGGAAAGUACCUGAAACAUUGAAAAAAAUGUUUGAACUCUUUAUUGAGUCUCGGUUGGUUGGUCUGAGGCAAGUAUUAUAUUAUGAAAGAAAACCAGAUCCCAAAUUCUAUUUACAUGCAUGUAAGCUCCUCAAUGUAAAUCCUACCGAGUGCAUCUUCCUAGAUGACAUUGGUAUGAAUCUCAGCUCAGCAAAAAAACUUGGCAUGGCAACCAUUCGUAAGUUGAUUCGAAAAUGA